GACAAAGGUUUGUGAUAUAGGCAAGAUUUGUUUUUGUUCUAUGGAACGAUGGAUCAAGUAUUGGUAAAAUAUACUUCUAAUGUCAACGUCAUGUCUUCAGUCUUGCUUGCAGUAACUUAGUCAGUUUUUAUGUCUUUGGUUUUUGCUAGUAUUUUGUUUGUUUAGCUUUUAGUCUGCCUGCCGUGAGCCGUGAAAUUAGGAAAAUACGGAUAUAAGUUGUUAGAAUUUGUAUUCUGAUUCGUUUAAUGAGUAAACCUGUUAAAUAAUAUCUUUGAGAAUGGUUAACAGAAUCUAGAUCCGUGCCCCUUUUAUAAUAAAUUAAGGAAAACAUUCAGUCUGUCGGUGAAAGUUUCGUCACAAUGGAUAAGUCGAGGUUUUCGAUGCUUCUCUUAGAGCCUGGCGAAAUAUAUUUUGAAGACUUCUCAUGUACUUUGAAUGAUAAAGAUUCUGUUACCGAGGGAAAUGCGCGACAAGGUCGUCUGAAGCUUUGUUCCAAAUCGUUGGUAUUUGAACCAAGAGAUUGGACUUAUCCCCUUGUUAAACUUCAAUUCAAAGAUUGUGAUAAAUUGUCUAUUGUUAAGCCGAGAUCUCAUGAAUCACACAAUGUUAUCAAAGUGACAAUGAAGCAAUAUGCUGAAAUGCUUGAGGAGAAUAUUUUGGCACCAUACAAAUUUGUUUAUGAGAAGAAGGAUUUUUAUAUUUACUUUGAUUUUGCAUCUGCUGAGGAGUGCCUAUAUCAAAUGGAGCAGUUACAAAGGGCGUCGACGUUACACGCUCCAGAGCACAAUAGUAUGGUUGCUACAAUUCUUCAUUCUCGGUACAUGAGAAUGGUAUUUGACCCGGUAAUGAUGGAUGACUUCACAGAGGAAAUUGUUUGUGAGUUACAAGCCGAAAAAAUAUCACCUCUUGUUAGACAUCAGGGUAAACUGGCACUCACACCUACAACUAUUUAUUUUCAACCCUUCAGCAAUGUUGAAAGUAGUCCUAUUUUAAAACUGAAGCUCAGUGAUUUGCGGAGAUUGUACAAAAGGAGAUUUUUAUUAAGGCAAGUUGGUCUAGAGAUAUACAGCGCGGAGGCGAGUUCCCUUCCUCACAUCUACCUGACAUUCCAGUCUGAGAAUGACAGGGACAGAGUGUACACAAUAUUAGAGGACUCACCACAUGUCAAGCUACAGAGUGUACAAACAGAUGAAAUGACUUUGCAGUGGCAAAAUGGCAUAGUGUCCAACUAUGAUUAUUUAAUGUAUUUAAAUUGUCUUGCAGACAGAAGUAAGAAUGAUCUCACCCAAUACCCAGUCUUCCCAUGGGUGAUAUCAGACUAUGUGUCCGAGGUGUUAGACCUAAAUAAAACGGACACAUUUAGAGAUCUGUCCAAACCGAUGGGAGCUCUGAAUCCCGAUCGUUUUGAGAAGCUUAAAGAAAGAUAUGAUGAGAUGUGCGAGCCAAAGUUUAUGUAUGGAUCACACUAUUCUGCUCCAGGGCUCGUCUUGUUUUAUUUGGUUCGGAAAUAUCCACAAUACAUGCUGUGUCUCCAAAAUGGGCGGUUCGAUCAUCCCGACAGGAUGUUCAAUUCAGUGAAAGAUGUUUAUAAUAAUUGUUUGAGGAAUAUGUCGGACUUCAAGGAACUGGUACCCGAAUUCUACGAUAUUGACGCGAAAGGGGAUUUCCUAUUGAACAUGUAUGAGAUUGACUUUGGAGAGCGUCACGACGGCUCUAAAGUGAAUAAUGUCGCUUUACCACCUUGGGCUUCUUCGCCUGAGGACUUCGUCGUGAAGCUCAGGGAAGCCCUGGAAUCUGACUAUGUGUCUAGACAUCUGAAUAUGUGGAUUGAUCUCAUUUUUGGCUAUAAACAAAGGGGCGAGGAGGCUGUAAAGGCAUAUAAUGUCUUCCAUCACGUUUGCUACGAAGGCUCUGUAGACUUAGAACGUAUAUGCGACAUGAACGACCGACACGCGCUGGAGGUGCAAAUCAUGGAGUUUGGACAAGUGCCAAAGCAGUUGUUCACCAAACCUCACGUCAGAAGAAUCAGCCAUCGAAUACAGUCUGCUUUGUCCAGAAACGAUCAAGAUCUCAGCCCAACACCAUAUACAAUGGAAUGUAUAGACACCAUAAGAUUACACAAAGAAGCUGUGACUUGCGUCGUCAGACGAGGGAACAGGGUUAUAUCUGUGGGCAAAGACGGGACGCUCAAAGUGUACGACACACAAAGUAGGAAGCAGAUCCGAAGCGUUAUCAUGUGCUCGACGCCCUUGAGCUCAUGUGUCAUGGUGGAUGAGAAUGUAGUCGCUGUGGGUUCGUGGGAUAAUGAAAUCUACUUAUAUGAUGUAGAAUAUGGAAGGAUAGUUGAUAGUUUUCGGGCCCAUGAUGAUUCUGUCAGUUGCUUGAUGUGGUUACAAAAGGAACGGCUGCUGAUAUCGGGCGGCAGUGACGGCGUGGGCCGCGUGUGGGGGCAGCUGGGGCGCGCGGGCCGGGCGCUGCGCGGGCUGCGCGCCGAGCUGGACCACGACGUGGGGGUCACUGCACUGGCCUAUAGGCGUCGCCGGCACGAGAUCGACAUCAUAACAGGUUGUAGCGAUGGCGACGUGUACAUCUGGGACCUCGGCUCUCGGAAGCUCCUCACCAAGAUCUCCGUCCACCAAUCAGCGGUGAUCUGUGCGUGUGUAGUGCCUUCUGCUGAUAGAAUAGUCACGGUGGGGGAGGAGGGAGAUAUGAGAGUCACUGACCUGGGCGUCUUGUGCUCGGUGUACCAAAAGCAUUUGGUAUCAGCAGUGCGGUCUCUGUGUUGGGACGGCGGCGAUGUUCUGUGGCUGGGCGACGCUGCGGGCGGCCUCACGCAGUGGCACCUCCUGUGUGUGGCCGUCGCUGGCGAUACAGUCGCGCACACAGACACCAUCAACAGUAUCUACUUCGACGAGAUCUCACAAACUUUGAUCACAGCCAGCAAAGACAAGUCUAUAAAGAUUUGGCAGUUGUCGCGGCCGUCCUGACGAAAACAAUGACGGCGCCAUCAGUAUUACCCGCGCAGAGCACUGAAGGCAGACACAAGCGUUCCGGGCUCUGUGCUUAUCGGGCAUGCGGUUGUCUUCGUGAUGGCGAUGUAGCAUUUCGAAUUUGUGAUAUUUUACACACCUUAAAGAAUUUAUUAUGAAAUCUGUUAAAGGAAUAUAGUUUAUUUAUAAUA